AUGAGCAGAGAUCAGACUUCAUUAGGUUCAGGGCAAGUCUCACCGGCCCAUGUCAUUGCAGUUGAAUCGGGUGUCCCGUCUAGGCGCUCGUCUCCGGCUUUUCAUCCCGAGCGUAAAGGGUUACCUCCUCUUCGAAGCCGCAGUCGCUCACCCACUCGUCCACCACUGUCCUUCCGUCCUUCGGGACAACCGGUCCGUUCUCCAUACCGAAAUCAGAAACCGGAUAUUGAGUCUGCUGCUGCUGGAAACGAGCAGGAAGAGCUGAGUCGCUCAGCUGAAAAAGAAUCAUUGGAGCAACCGCAAAUGGGCGGUGCUCGAAUCGGUGGCAGCAUUCCAACUCAACCGAGAAGCUUGGGUAUAAGCAAUGCUCUGCCUUCUGGACCAUACCAAGGACCGAAGGUUGCGCCUUCACAGCACCGCGGAUCCCACAAUAUGUCUCUGCUGUCGGCACCAACACGCCCGCGUCGUGGACACGGCGCUCGCGAUGCACUUUGGACAGGUUCGCCGAUAGGACGUGGUCGCGGACCUCCCCCAAAUGCAUCACAUAGUACGCCCUCUGGACCCCGGGCUUCCUUCACCCCUCCAAUGCCUACAGGAAGCUAUCGUCAUUCUGGAUCUCGCCAGAACAGCUCUACACCCGCUGCGUCGUCGCCAACACCCCGGGGUCCGAACCACCUUGCAGGUCUAGGAGCGGUCAUCCCUGGGGGCAGGACUUUACCAUCUCCAUUGGAUGCGGCGUCCGAAAAACGGCUGGCACAACUUGAGCUGGAUAAAGAUAAACUGCUCGAGCAGAUGGCCGAAACACAGCGAUCGAAGCGGACGGAUCUUCGUGACUGGGACCGAUUGGAUCGCGAAAGCUCUAUUUGCGCUCUUAAAAGCGAACUGGCCGAAGGACACCUGCAACGAAUGGCGGAUGAAAGCCUCGGAGGUGGAAUUUUGUUCUGA